ACCGCGAGUCGGACCCGCGGCCCCUCGGCGGAACCCGGGUCCCUGUCACUGCAGGGGACAUCAUGGCCGUGGAUGUGACAGAAUAUCAUCUGAGCGUCAUCAAGAGCCCCCCUGGCUGGGAGGUGGGUGUCUACGCUGCAGGGGCCCUGGCACUGCUUGGAAUUGCAGCUGUGAGUCUGUGGAAGCUGUGGACGUCGGGGAGCUUCCCCAGCCCCUCCCCAUUCCCUAAUUACGACUACAGGUACCUGCAACAAAAGUACGGAGAGGCCUACGUGGAGGCUAAGCUGAAGAGAGUCCCUCCGUGGAAUGCCCAGCGGACCACCACUCGGGGACCACCCAGCCGCAAAGGCAGCCUCAGCAUAGAGGACACCUUUGAGAGCAUCAGUGAGCUGGGACCCUUGGAGCUGAUGGGCCGGGAACUGGACCUGGCCCCCUAUGGUACUCUCCGCAAGUCACAGUCAGCUGACUCUCUGAACUCCAUCUCCUCUGUGAGCAACACCUUUGGGCAGGAUUUCACCCUGGGCCAGGUGGAGGUGAGCAUGGACUACGAUGCAGCCUCCCACACCCUCCACGUGGCCGUGCUGCAAGGCAAGGACCUCUUGGAGCGCGAGGAGGCCACUUUCGAGUCCUGCUUCAUGCGUGUCAGCCUGUUGCCAGAUGAACAGAUCGUGGGCAUCUCCCGGAUCCAGAGGACUGCCUAUUCGAUUUUCUUCGACGAGAGGUUCUCUGUGCCCCUGGAUCCUGCAGCCUUGGAGGAGAGGAGCCUUAGGUUUUCUGUGUUCGGCAUCGAUGGGGAUGAGCAGAAUGUGAGCACCGGGGCGGUGGAGCUGAAGCUCUCUGUCCUGGACCUCCAGCUGCAGCCCUUCAGUGGCUGGCUGUACUUACAGGACCAGAAUAAGGCCGCUGAUGCUGUGGGAGAGAUCCUGCUGUCCCUCAGUUAUCUGCCCACAGCUGAGCGUCUGACUGUGGUGGUGGUGAAAGCCAAGAAUCUCAUCUGGACCAAUGACAAGACCACAGCGGAUCCCUUCGUCAAAGUAUACCUGCUGCAGGAUGGCAGGAAGAUGAGCAAGAAGAAGACAGCCGUGAAGAGGGAUGAUCCCAACCCAGUGUUCAAUGAAGCCAUGAUCUUCUCAGUACCAGCCAUUGUGCUACAGGACCUGUCUCUCCGAGUGACAGUGGCUGAGAGCAGCAGUGAUGGCCGUGGGGACAACGUGGGCCAUGUCAUCAUUGGGCCAGCGGCUAGCGGCAUGGGCACCACACACUGGAACCAGAUGCUAGCCACGUUGCGCAAGCCUGUGUCCAUGUGGCAUCCAGUCCGGCGAAACUAACAGCCGGGGCAGGCCAGGUGGGCAACAGAUCCACCAGAUCCUGGCACCAUCUCAGUUCUAUCCAGCGAUGCCCUCUCCAUAGCCAGCUGGAGCUGUGAACACCAGGGCUGCCCCCACCUCCUGGAAGGGUCCUCAUCAGCCAUCUUGGAUCCUCUGUCCAGACUGUCGUGGAAGAAUGGGUGUGGCUUUUCAUCUGGGGACCUGGGGUGACUUCUCCAC